AUUUGUAGUCUGUUAAUUUUGAUGUAUGUUUUGUUUAUGUAUUGGACAGCUAGUGGAUUAUGGGAGACAAAUCUGGACUGCUUAAAGUGACAGUUGUUCAAGGGAGACGGUUGGUGAUCCGAGACUUCAAGAGUAGUGAUCCUUAUGUAGUUCUCAAGUUGGGCAAUCAGACCUCAAGAACCAAGGUCAAAAAUAGCUGCCUUAAUCCUGUUUGGAAUGAAGAAUUUGAUUUUUCCAUUUCAGACCCUGUGGAGGUUCUCAACUUGCAAGUGUUUGAUAAAGACCGUUUCAAGGCGGAUGACAAAAUGGGAAAUGCUCAUCUCAGCCUGCAGCCUUUAGUUGCUUCUGCUAGAUUGAGAAAGAUUCUUGGAGUUACUGCUACUGAAGGGACAACACUGAGGAAGGUUAUCCCAGACAGUGAUAACUGUCUAGCAGCGGACAGCAGUAUUGUUUGGGUGAAUGGUGAGGUUGUGCAAGACGUCUGGUUGAGGCUUUGUGAUGUUGAUUCUGGGGAUAUAGAACUGAAGAUCAAAUUGAUCAAUCUUCCCUCUAAUUAAGACUCGGAGAUUGAUCUGUUGAUAUUAGGACUGUUUACUUUCCUGUUGUGGAAAAGGAUCUCAAAGAUUUAGCAUGCGUUUAGUGUGAUGUGUGUCCAGUAGGAGAGCCGGCGCUGUAGCUUUAGUUUUAUCUCAAAUGUAUAUUCAUAAUGGUGUGUACUCAAAAGGUAUUUUGCUCCAGCUAAAUCCUUGUUAGAACAUUGCUUCUCCUAGUCCUUUUCAAUAGUUAACAGCGGCCAGAUGGAUUAAAAUGCCAUUUCUAUGGGUUUGUUAUUCUCUA